UUAGUUUGUCACAACUACAAAUCUCAGCUUUGAACAGUUUGAAGAAAACACAUAACUUUUGAAAUUCCAAAAAAAAAAAAAUAUGAAGAUGCAAUUUUUCAUCCUCCUUAUCAUAAUCUCAGGGUUGUCGGAGAAGAUUACUUCACUUCCUCCUGAAUCUCGAGUACUCGAUCGUCAUGGUUUUCCCGAUAAUUUUGUUUUUGGAACAGCUGCAUCGGCUUUUCAGUACGAAGGUGCAACAAGUGAAGGUGGGAAAUCUCCAGCUAUAUGGGAUUACUUCAGCCACACUUUUCCAGAAAGAACCAGGAUGCAGAAUGCAGAUGUAGCGGUCGACUUUUACCAUCGUUAUAAGGAUGACAUCAAGUUGAUGAAAGACCUAAAUAUGGACGCUUUCAGAUUUUCGAUUUCGUGGGCGAGGUUAAUACCCAGUGGAAAAGUAAAGGAUGGAGUUAACCAAGAAGGUGUACAAUUCUAUAAGGCUCUCAUCGACGAGCUCGUUGCGAAUGGCAUUCAACCAUCGAUGACCCUCUACCAUUGGGACCAUCCUCAAGCACUGGAGGACGAGUAUGGUGGGUUUUUAAGCCCCCAAAUAGUAGAAGACUUUCGAGAUUUUUCAAGAGUAUGUUUUGAAGAAUUCGGAAACAAAGUUAAAAUGUGGACUACAAUAAACGAGCCUUAUGUCAUAACUGUUGCGGGCUACGAUACGGGCAACAAAGCGGUGGGACGAUGCUCGAAAUGGGUGAAUAGUAAGUGUCAAGGCGGCGAUUCAGGUACCGAGCCCUACAUUGCAUCACAUCACCUUCUUCUUGCUCAUGCCGCAGCUGUACAAGAGUUCCGAAAAUGUAACAAGACUCAAGACGGUCAAAUUGGAAUAGUGUUAUCUCCUUUGUGGUUUGAGCCUUACGACUCUGCUUCUCCUUCCGAUAACGAAGCUGUUAAACGAGCUCUUGCCACUGAACUAGAUUGGCAUUUAGAUCCAGUUAUUUACGGAGAUUAUCCAGAAAUGAUGAAAAAACUCGCUGGAAAUAGAUUACCUUCUUUCACUCCAGAACAAUCCAAAAUGUUGAAAAAUUCAUCGGAUUUCAUUGGAAUAAACUACUAUACAGCGCGUUACGUUGCUCAUAUUCCACACGUCGAUCCUGCUCGUCCACGAUUUGUAACCGAUCAUCAGCUCCAAUGGAGAGUAACAAAUCACAGUAAUCACCAAUUCGGACCAGGGGAAGAUCGAGGCAUACUCCAAUCACAUCCAGAAGGUUUACGAAAAGUUCUUAACUACAUCAAAGAUAAAUACAAUAACCCUAUAGUUUAUAUAAAAGAGAACGGAAUCAAUGACUACGACGAUGGUACAAAAUCACGAGAGGAUAUUCUCAAUGAUACAUUUAGGAUAAGCUACCAUGAGGACCAUCUCCAACAACUCCAAAAAGCUAUAAUAGAGGAUGGAUGUGACGUCAGAGGAUAUUACGUGUGGUCUUUACUAGACAAUUUCGAGUGGGAACAUGGAUAUUCUACUAGAUUUGGUCUGUACUAUGUUGACUACAACAACGAUCUCACUCGUAUUCCCAAAGAUUCUGUUAACUGGUUCAAGCAGUUUCUCGAUUUAAAGAAUGAAGAAACAAAUGAUGAAGAAAUAUGGGAUUUGUCACAUGAGAGGUCACAUGAAGAAAGGUAUAAUAAGACUUUCGAUGAUUCAGAAAGUUUCGAGGCAUCUGUUGGUUCGAUUAUCUAUCUAAUGACCAACAUAUCGAGAAGAGAAGAAGAAAAAAGAGAUCAAUGCGCUUUUCGAAAUCUUAAUGAUCAGUCGGGUUUAUUGCUGGGAUCAUAAAGUUCUUUGGGAUUUUAGAAAACGUUUGGUGAAGUUAGUCCUUAAUGGCCUUCACUUUAAAUUUUUUAUUUUAUCCAUGAAUAUUGUCAAUGUAGAUUUGUUGAAUGGAAAAUAAAAACUACUAAUGAGAUAUGUAUUUUAUUGCUCUAUUCUUGAAUUCUUGAGUUAUGUUGUAGCU